AUGGUGACGAUCGAGAAUAUAAAGCCAUCUGCUGCAAAACACACCAGACUAAACAGUAAGGGUAAGGGAAAGCAGAACAAUAACAAAGCCUACAGAACUGCCCAUACCGCUGCUGUCGUUGAUGAAUCUGAGCUAGAUAGUGACAACAAUAGUGUUGACCUUAUAAAUAAUGAUAAUGCAUGUGCAGUAUCUGUUGCAGACAUUAUGGCUUGGGAUGAAGCUGAAGAAACUGUUUCGAUCGGAUCGUCCCUGUUUCGAUCAGCUGGGUCUGGAAUUCAGGCACCACUAGAUGAAAAUUCAACACCGCUGGAUUGCUUAUUGACACUGCUGACAGCUGAUAUCCUUGACAGCCUUGUUGAAAACAUAAAUCUUUAUGCAGUGGAAAAAAUAAAGAAAAAUAUACCAUUGAGAAAAAGAUCUACAUUGUCUGAGUGGCAGCCAAUGACUAGAGAAAAUUUUUUUCAGUUUCUCAGUGUAGUGAUAGCGAUGGGAAUUACACCGAAACAUGACAUCAAAGAUUACUGGUCUACAGCGAACCACAAAUUCCCAUCAUGGUUCAAGGUAAUGUUUCCAAGAACUAAGUUCUUGCUUGUUUACCAGUCAAUGCUGCAUGCAUCAGAACCCAGAGCACAAGGCCAAGCAAAAAUUGAGCCAUUUGUGAAUAAUCUAGUAGCAAAGUUUCAGUCAGCAUUUUACCCAUAUGAAAAGCUUUCUGUUGAUGAGAUGGUGAUUGGUUUCAAGGGCAGGUUUCAUGCUAAACAGUACAAUGCAGCCAAGCCUCACAAGUAUCAUAUACAGACAUUUGGUCUUUCAAAAACUGCCUACAAUCCUGAGCUUGAUCCAACAUCAACUCACGCUGUAAAGGUAUUUUCAACCCUACUACAGGGUGUUGAAAGUUACCAUCAUCUAUUUGCAGAUAGAUUUUCUACAUCACUCCCUCUCAUUCAAUUUCUUUUAUCCAUGAAACUGAAUUAUACUGACACGGUGAAUAAAAACCGCAAAGGAUUGCCGCAGCAGCUAAAACAACAACCAACCAUCUUUGGAACUCCGAGAUGUUUAGUUAAUAAUGAGCAGAAUAUCCUUUGCGUUUCCUGGAGGGAUAAAAAAUCAAAAAAACCUUGGAUCCUACUGACCACAAAUGGAAGUUCUACAUUUGAGGAGCGCCAGGAAGGGAGUCGAAAGGUUGAGAAACCUAGCCCCAUUCACUCAUACAAUAUGAGUAUGAAUGGCUGUGAUCGUUUGGAUCAAAUGGUCUCGUACUAUAGUAACCACAAUUGCAAAACUAAGAAGUGGUGGAAAAAGGUUUUUACGUGGAUCGUGGAAGUGACGCAGGUCAAUGCUCACAUAUUGUACAUGUCAUCCCAUCAGGCUGCCCCCAAUCGAAUGAGUCUCGCACAUUUCAAAGACGAGCUCAUCCAGCAACUAACUGCGCUCUCAGGUCAAGAAGUUCCAACAGACAUGAUCAUUGCUGUGGCUCGCAGACCAGGCAAAAGGCCAGCCUUGUCUGCCAGUUUUGUUGGGGCAGACCAUUUAGUUGACUAUGCUGGUGCAGACAGGCAAUGUGUACAGUGCAGCAAGAAAAAGAUUCAAAAACGCAGCAUGUUUUACGGCGUUGGAUGUGCUGACAAGCCUCAUGUGUGCCCCAAUGCAUGUUUUAGGACAUAUCACACCCAGUAA